AUGACAGAAGAAAAUAAACAAAAGCAACCAACAUCACCAAUUGAACAGGAAGGCUCGCCACCAGCUUACCGAGUCAAGCUCUAUCAGCUCAACCAAGAUACUAACUGGGAGGAUAAGGGAACAGGCUUCUGCGUCUAUCAAGUGGGCAGAGUUGGAGAACCUGACCAAUUGAUUGUGCAUGCAGAAGAGAAAGAAGACAGCAUCUUACUAUCUUCCAUCGUGGAGAAACGUCGAUUGUAUCAAAGACAGCAAGAUACACUGAUCGUUUGGACAGAAAGUGAUUCGAGUGAUUUGGCCUUGAGUUUCCAAGAUCCAGCAGGCUGUGAAGAGGUUUGGCAAUGCAUUGGCAAGGGCCAAGAUGGCGGUAGAUCCAACAUAGCUGGAGAUGAUGACAGUGAAGUUACACCUCCAGCCAGACAGUCGCCUGAAAUGACAAGCUUACCUGAUCCAGAGUUAUCAAAUCUGAAGGAAAUUGCAGACAUCUUCACUGCAGCAAACACCUUGAACGAAAAGGACAAAAUAUCCACAUUCAUCACCAUUGAAAACUACUUUGACAAAAUUCUGCCCAUGUUUGAAACUUGCGAGGAUCUAGAGGAUAUCUAUGAUUUGCAUCUCUUGUAUAAAGUCAUCAUUGGCUUGUUGGCAUUGAAUGAUCAGGGCCUGAUUGAGCAGUUGCUGAGAGACGAGUACAUUAUUGGCUUUAUGGGCAUCUUGGAAUAUAAUCCAAACACACCUGGAAUGAAAGCAAAGCACCGAGAAUUUAUCAAAUCACAUGGAAACGCCAAACAAGUGGUCGACCUGGCUGACGAGUCCAUCAAGCGAAAAAUCGACCAAACAUUCAGAUUGGAGUAUCUUCAAGGCAUUUUACAAAGCGGAGGCGAUGCAGACGAGGGUUUAUUAGGUGUGCUCAAUAACAUGAUCUUCCAGAACCACGCUGAAAUCGUGAAUCACAUUCAAAACAACCACAUUUUUUUGGGCGAGCUGUUUCAGAUUGUUCGAAAUAAGGACACGACAGAGGAGAAGAGAAACGAAACUAUACGAUUUGUGCACCAACUGUGUGCUCUCACCAAGCAAAUGCAAAAUUCAGUGCGUGUCAGUUUGUACAGAUCGCUCGCAGAUUACGGCUUGUUUGACAUGAUGCAUUUUGCCCUUGUGGAUAAAGAGAGAUCAAUCCGUGUCGCUUCGCUGAAUAUCCUAGCUGCCUUCACAGACUUGGAUGUGAAUUGUGUCCGCAGUCAUCUCUUGCUUCAGUCUAAAGACGAGCGCACUACAACACCUUUGAUCAGUACCAUCGUCGAGCAAUUCGCGUCUGAUGCGCAUCAUGAUCUCAAAGUGCAGUAUUUCGAAAUUUUGCGACUCUUGUUGGAUCCCAGUGGCAACUCACCUGGUGGCCCUAUGAUGAGUGAUCCUUUGAAGCAAGCGCCAGAAACAGACGACUUUUUGCAGUUAUUCUACGACAAGUAUGUGAAGACUGUCCUGAAUCCAAUCGAGAAGCUAGAAAUCAAACCAAUUACACUGAAGGGACCCAUUGAACCUUUAGUUCUCACACAAGAUCAAGCACAACUAUGCUUGUACAUUUGCGAGUUUUUGUACUUUGCUAUUCGAAAUCAUGGAUUCCGCAGCAAAUACAUUUUGCUGUCGUCCGAUAUAUUCACCAGAGUCAUGCAACUGUACAGAUCAAAAUACGCUUAUGUCAAAUUGGGUGGGUUACGGUUCUUUCGAGUGUGUGUGUCGAUUUGCGAUGAAUUCUACAACCGAAGUCUGAUAAAAAGCAACAUAUUCGAAGCAACAAUACGUGUUUUAUUAGAUACAAAAGGCCAAGAUUGUCUGCUGAAUUCCGCCUGUCUCGAUCUGCUAGAAUUCAUCAGAAAGGAAAAUAUCAAGAUGCUAGUAAAUCACCUGGUCACACAAUUUGGCACAGUGCUGGACACUAUUACAUAUAUAACAACCUGCCAACAAUUAAGGGAAAAGCACAAAGAAAAUAUGAACACUGCAGCAUCAAGCGACGACAAGAUGGACGAAGCGGCCGUAUCAAGUGAUAAGGCUGAAAAGAAAGAUAACCAUGAUGGCUGGUCUUCAUCGACAGUCGAUUAUGAUGAAGAGGAAUAUUUCAAUGGCUCAGACGAAGAAGAAACAUCGUCGGCAACACAGAUACCAUCAAAAUCAGACACAGCAAAGGUGAAGACGCCUCUAGUAAAUUACGAAGACGACGAAGACGAGGAUGAAGACUUGUCCGUCAAAGAUAAGUCGCCAGAAGAAAAGGACAAGGAAAAGAGCGAGGCUAUGGCAAUGGAAUCAUCAAAUACAUCCUUGAAGCGAAAACAUCGUGAUGAAGAUCCAGAAUUGGAAGAGCAAGAACAAGACACUGCAGAAACAGAUGCAACAAAAGAAAAAGAAGGCAGUUUAUCGCCACCACCAUUCAAAUCACGUAGAAGAUCAAUAGACGAUGAUGAGGAGGAAGAUGUGUUGGCAAAACGAUCUGCAUUGUCACCAUCAUCAUCACCUCGACAAUCGCCUCUGGCCAAAAAGAUUGUGAUUAAAACAUCUACAAUUGAAAAAAUGCGCACGCAAUAG